AUGGGAGAGGAGACAUGGGAGAGGAGACAUGGGGGAGGAGACAUGGGAGAGGAGACACGGGAGAGGAGACAUGGGAGAGGAGACAUGGGAGAGGAGAUGGGAGAGGAACAUGGGAGGAGACAUGGGAGAGGAGACAUGGGAGAGGAGACAUGGGAGAGGAGACAUGGGAGAGGAGACAUGGGAGAGGAGACAUGGGGGAGGAUACAUGGGAGAGGAGACAUGGGAGAGGAGACACGGGAGAGGAGGCAUGGGGGAGGAGACAUGGGAGAGAAGACAUGGGGGAGGAGACAUGGGAGAGGAGACAUGGGAGAGGAGACACGGGAGAGGAGGCACGGGGGAGGAGACAUGGGAGAGAAGACAUGGGGGAGGAGACAUGGGAGAGGAGACAUGGGAGAGGAGACAUGGGGGAGGAGACAUGGGAGAGGAGACAUGGGAGAGGAGACAUGGGAGAGGAGACAUGGGAGAGGAGACAUGGGAGAGGAGACAUGGGAGAGGAGAGAUGGGAGAGGAGACAUGGGAGAGGAGACAUGGGAGAGGAGACAUGGGAGAGGAGACAUGGGAGAGGAGACAUGGGAGAGGAGACAUGAGAGGAGAGGAGACAUGGGAGAGGAGACAUGGGAGAGGAGACAUGGGAGAGGAGACAUGGGAGAGGAGA